AUGCCUAAUGGUAACAAGUUGGGACUAACACGUUCCAUUGCAGUCACUGGCGGAUUGAGCACCUGUGGUCACUCCACCAGUCCCGCAGUCCGCCUCCGUCCUUCUGUCGCUAGUUCCCAAAAUCUUUGCGAAGUCGGUCGAAGUUUGCAGCGCCUGCUCUUGCUCGUCACCGUCGAUCGAACUCGAAGACUCGAAGUUUGUGUGAUUCUGACUCAUCUCCACAACUGCAAGGCGCGAGUCCGGUCUCCGCCAGUCUGCUCUAGCUGUGCAUUCAUUGGAGGAGGUGGAGCUGCAGCUGCUAGUGGUGGAGCAGCUGAGGAGAAGAAGGAAGAGAAAGAGGAAAGUGACGAGGACAUGGGAUUCCCUCUCUUUGAUUAG